UUUUUAUCUCGGAAGGUCGAACUUAUUCAACAACGGAUUUUCCAAUUCUUUCGAGAACACAAGAAACGAUUGAAAUCAUACAUUUUUAAUUAUCGCCUGAAAAUUCUGGUUCAAUCAUUAUUUAUCCAAUGGAUGCAAACUUCAGUAUGCUAGCUUGAUGCAAAUAUGUCUACCACUUGUGCAUUUGAUCGUGUAUUCAAAUCAUAAUUGGAAAAGUUAAGUAUAUAGUUAUAGACACUUACGCAUAUGAAUUUUAGUUUGAAGUUGGAAUUAAUAAAAAUACAAACAACAGAAAGAUUGUCAUGGAUGUUGAACGCAAAGAGAUUAUAGGCUUUCUGUCUGAUCCGAAGAGCAAGGCUUACGUUACUUAUUUAAAUAUUAGAGAAAGCCUGAAAAGUGCGGAAGAAUCUCGUAUAAUUCGAAAUGAAGGAAAUGUAAUUUUCAAGAAGAAAAAACACAGUGCUGAAGAUCAUAUGAAUAUUCUAUACUUGUAUAAUGAAAGCAUAGCUUGUGCUCCUAAAGAAUCAGAAGAAUUAAUGUUAGCUUAUAAUAAUCGAUCGGUUUUUUUGCUUCAUUUACAUAAAUACAAAGAGUGCAUUGAUGAUAUUGAUAAAGUUUUAGAAUUAACUAAAUUGAACAUCAAAAGGAUUAAAUUAUAUUGCAGGAAAGUUGAAUGUUUAACUGCUCUGGGCUCUCCUGCAAACAAAGAUGUCUUCAAUCAAGUUAUUCAAAUCUUUAAUGAAGCAAAAUUAUCUAUUGACGAGCAAACUUGUGCCUCAGAAAUAAUAAAAAGAACAAAAUCAAUUUUAAUAGCUAACAAAUUAUUUGUUCCAAGUAAUAGAAAGUUUUUAAAAGAAAAAGAAGAAUUUGAUAACAUAAUUAAAAAUAAAGAAAGUACCGGUCCUUUUGAUAGCCUUGAAAUAAAAAUGACAAAGGAAAUGGGCAGAGGCUUAUAUGCAACUCGUGAUAUUGAAGUAGGUGAAUUAGUAUUGGUAGAAAGUGUUUUUGUUAUUCCGAAUGUUAUGUAUCCAUUUGCUUACUGCUACCAUUGUUUACGGGUUGCAUGGAAUGGAAUACCUUGUGAAACAUGUAAACAGUGUAUAUUUUGUUCUACAUUAUGUAAAGAUUCAGCUAAAAAAGAAUACCAUGAUAUUGAAUGUUCGUUCACAGCCUACAUUGUUCAGCAUCAACAGAAUUUUUCAGAA